AUGUCUUACCUUCAAUUUAAAGUUAAGGCAUUUGUUAAUGUCGCUAUUAUAGAAGAUGUUAAGGCAUGGUUUGCUACUUUUGAAAAGCAUUCAAAAACAAUAAUAGUACAAACAAAGAGAGAACCAACAAACAAUUUAUUGAAAAUUGAAAAAUCUGAAUACCAAACUAGUAAUUUACUUAAAAUUCAAGGAUUGAAAUACCAAACUAAUAACUUACUUGAAGAAGAAUCGAAAUGCCAAGUUGAUAAUUCGCUUGAAACUAAAAAAUAG